AUGAACGUCAAACAUUUCCUCUAGCUCAUUUGCCGCAAAAGAAUCAAAUGGUGUAGACCUAUAGCGGCGACGCGUCAAUUUAAAUACAAGAUUAGUCUUGUUGUUCGCUAUUUAUUUGAGAUAAAGACGUCAAACAACAUUAAUAUAAGUAGGCAAUUGAUAACUGCAAUCGUCGUGAUAAAAUUAUUUGUAUAAAUAUACUAAUCAUACAUCAAACUUGCCUAAAUACAUCGACAUAUCGGUCACUGCAUUCGCCUCCUUCGCACAACAUGGACGGCGUAACAUUCGAAGGAUUCUUAGACAGCGUCACACCAAGACAACGUGAAUAUAUCGAAAGUGUUGUUGUGAAACUUGGUCAUAACGAUGCUAAAGUGAAAGUGGAACCUGUAGGUAAACCAGGAGACAACUAUGGAGCAGAUGUCAGGAGAAUUAUCGUGGAGAGUGCUAAAGGUAACAUCAACAUGGUCGCUAAAAUAGCUCCGGCGUAUGAACAAUACCGACAGGCAAUCGACAUCGGAAAGAUAUUCCUGAACGAAUCUGUAAUGUACACCGAACUAUUUCCAAAAUACACCGAACUAGAAAAAGAGGCAGGUAUACCAGAAAGUGAAAGACUUCUGUAUGCGAAGUGCUAUGGUUGCCUAUUGGAAGAGCCUAAUGAAAUAAUCCUCCUCGAAGACUUGAAGGUCAAAGGGUUCACCAUGCUGGACAAGUUUAAAUCCCUGUCAGAUGAAGCUAUCAAGCUGAUACUCAAUAGCCUGGCUGCUCUACAUUCCUUGUCUUACGUCCUGAGAGACCGAGAACCGGAAACAUACAACACUCUAACAGAAAAAUUCAAAACCAUUUGGGAAACAUUUGAAGAAUGCGAAUCACAUUACCAACAAAUGGAAGAUGGUCUCUUGAGCGUGAUAACAAACGACUACAAGAAAUAUCUAGUUGGUAAAAUUACUCAGACAACAAAAUAUUUCGCUCAAGUGAUGCAAGAAAAUCGAAACUUAAAAUCGUCCGUGAUAAUACAAGGAGACUCUUGGACAAAUAACUUCAUGUUCCAAUAUAAGGGUGACAAAUUAGCGUCAUGUUGCAUGAUAGACUACCAGCUGUCGUGUGUUAACAGCCCAGCAUCUGACUUGGGCUACAUGAUCUUCAACUGCACUGACCACGAAAUGAGGAUGAAGCACUUCCACGAAUGGUUGGACUAUUACCACGCAAAACUGGACAAAUACCUCACCUACCACGGUCUGAAAGUAGACCAAUUGUUCACUAAAGAAGACCUUAAAAAUGCCAUGAAGUCUUCCGGAAACCUAUCACUGGCCCAAGGUGUUAUGGUGUCUAGCAUUGUUUUGAGGGAAAACGAAGACGCAGAGAAGACCAAAGCUCAAAUGGCUGACAAUGAAGGGAAUGUGAUGGACUCAAUGGUGAAAAUGUUUAAUGUGUCAGCGCUAAGUGAAGGAACGAUAAAGCUAUUCAGAUCCAGAUUAGAAGGCUUGGUUGACAGUCAUCUAGCUCUAGGCUUGAUUGAGUAACAAAAGUUUGAAAUAUUGAAUGUCACGAUUAGAAUAUUGAAUAUUUAAAUUAUACCUCCCCUUUUAUUUAACUUACAAAUUGUAUGAUAUAUUAUUGUUAACGCAAAAAAAAUAUUAAAAACAAUCUAGACGAGUAAAUUAUUCCAGUUUCUCAUUUUUAAGGGUUCCGUAGCCAAAUGGCAAAAAAACGGGACCCUUAUGGAUUCGUCAUGUCUGUAUGUCUGUCCGUCUGUAUAUAUAAACAGGGACAAAAAUGUUAUACUAUUAAGUUUUUCUUUUAAAAUAGAAUAGUUAACGUAAAUGUUUGUUAUUAAGGAGAUUUCCACAAAAACAUUUUUUUUAUAGUUCAUUAUCCGUCAGUUUGUGUUUUUAUGGUCAAUGCGCAUCCGGUUUUUUAUAAAGCUGAUCUUGAUCGACCUUGAACUGAAGGGAAUCGCACGAUGAUAGUGAGCGGUAAAAUUAGUCUAAUCUACAGAAGAUUACCUUCAUGGCUGCAUGUUAGCAGUAAAAUCAAUUUACAUACCUACACACAUAAGUAGAUAAGGUCAUGCCUGCCGCCCGUAAUCCCCAUUGAGGUGAUCGCAUAAGCAACCAAAGACAAAUUCAGAUUUGAAUAGAAUAUAGAAUAGAAUAUAGAAUAGAAUGUAGAAUAGAAUGUAGAAUAGAAUGUAGAAUAGAAUGUAGAAUAGAAUGUAGAAUAGAAUGUAGGAUAGAAUGUAGAAUAGAAUAUAAUCAUUUAUCAAAAAACUUCUUAAACAUGUAUAUGUCGCAGUCGGAUUGUAUAAUCCGCUGUAUUACAUUACGGCUAGCUGUUUUCAAAAACAGGUCAGUUUUGUAAUGCGGCGGAUCAACGAUUAGCUGUAUUGAAUGCGGCUAAGUAAAAAUCCGCCGAAACGUAUUCGUCGCCAUACGUCAUUCAACACGGCUAGCCGUAAUGUAAUAAAGCGAGGGAUUAGCCGCCUCUUUGACAGUUUUUAGUUCCGAUUCUUAACACUCAUGGCGCUGCCUGUCAUAACAACAACAGUGGCGUUGGAUGCAGAAAGUGUGUUAUUAAAUAGCGAAGUUACGAGUGAAUUAAAUAAAGGAAACGUGUUAAAUGGCUCUCGUUAAAUGACGCGGACCCAUUUAUUGGAGAACGUAUCGCAAUGACAAUACGGCUAAUCGUUGGACCGCCGCAUUACAAGACGACCCUGUUUUUGAAAACAGCUAGCCGUAAAGAUAAAGAAAAAUAAUAAUACAGCGAAUGCGAUGCGUAAUGUAAUACAGCAAAUUAUACAAUCCGACUGCGACAUAUACCUACAUUACUAGCGGACCUCGCACUAGGAAAACCCUGUAUCGCGAAGGUCCUGAACAUUUGUUGUUAGCAAAAACUUUUAAUACACCAUCGAGCUAGCCUUUCAUAGUAGUAAAAUUAUAGUAUAUUGUCGUACAAUUUUUAAUAACAAAAGUAAUAGAAAACAAUAAAAAGUUACAUUUUAUAGGACAAAAAAAUUGCAUCUACUGUUGAUGUUAUACGAAGUAUAAGGCCUGUGCCUACGGUGGAUGUGAAGAACCUUGCGGUGUACAAUAAAAAAAUUUUUUUUUUCUUUUUUUUUGUUACUUUAAGCUGUUGGUCUCGGCUAUUAACCGUAAAACAGCUCCUCCAACCCGCAGUGAAGCAGCGCAGUGGCGUAUGAUCCCUCACGUUUGAUUGAGGAGAGGCUUGUACGCAUAUAAGCUGUUUUACGUUUAUGUUUUUCUUAAUAGAUAAUUUAUAACUCACCUAGCUGUAAUCGGGUAAAAAGAGAAGUCUGUCUCUCACUGAAAAUUUGCACAAAGGCCUCCUAUAUGGUGUAAACAAGGAAUAAGGGAUAUUUUUUUCGAAAUUCCCUCGAGGUACGUUAAAAAGGGUCGAAGCGUAGCCGCGGGCGACUACUAGUCUAAAACAAUUAAUUUCCAUCACAACUGUCGCUCACAUCUUGAUCUUGAAACUCCGAGGAUUACUUACAAAGUUGACGUCAAAACUCGUCAAGACCACAGUGUGCACGUUCAAAGAGUUUGACGGGCCUAUACAAACUGGAUUUGAUUCUGGAACUAAGUUGCACUUGUUUUAAGUUUACGCGGUUAUUAUCAUAAUUAAAACACAUAACAACGGGUAACACACACGGGUAACGGGUACAUUUAAACGCGGUAAGAACCCGUUAUUAUGUGUUUUAACUAAGUUGCACUUGUCGAUUGCACCAUAGCAAUAUUUGCCUUUUAUAUUGACAUAGGUACUUCCGUAGACUGCGUUAGGUGGCAAGUCGCCCACUUCAUUAAGGGCUUAUGGGCGAGUUUUGACGUCAACUUUGUAAGUAAUCCUAGGAGUUUCAAGAUCAAGAUGUGAGCGAAAGUCGAAAAAAAUAUCCCUUAUUCCUUAAUAAGGGAUAUUUUUUUUCGAAAUUCCCUCGAGGUACGUUAAAAAGGGUCGAAGCGUAGCCGCGGGCGACUACUAGUCUAAAACAAUUAGUCAGGAAUAUUUGCCAUUUAUAUUGACAUAGGUACUUCCGUAGACUACGUUAGGUGGCAAGUCGCCCACUUUAUUAAGGACUUAUGGGCGAGUUUACACUUUUCUAUUUUUGUAGUCUACGCACCUGAAUGGAUUGAUGAGAUUGGGUCAGUCACUCCAAACAAAUAAUAAAGCGUUAAUAUGGUCGAAAAAUCAUGUAAAUGAUGUUCUUUGUCAGACAACACCAAAUUACCCGUUCGUUCUUCGUUCGGAGUAGACGACAAAAAGAUGUAAACUCGCCCGCAAUCCCGAUAUUAAGUGGGCGACUUUACACCUGACGGUCGACUAGGGUUACCUACCUACUAGGGUUAUCCGGAUAUUUCCGGAUUUUCAGCCUUCGGGUUAUAAGGAUUGUUUUACUAUCUACUAAUCUUAUCGAAACUAUCAACUAUUGGUAAUACUAUUUGUAGUAUCGGUUGUGAAAGAUAGACAAUAUUACUGAGAGAUACCUUUUCGGUAUCAUUAGCCGAUGGCGAAACUAAUGUUAUUGCAACAACACUUAACAUAUUCAACGCCACAUGGGCCACAAGUGGGUCAAGAGAGAAUACUCAGUCAAGC